AACGGGACGCCGCGCACAAUGCAGCUCGUCAAUGGUGAAUUUCCUGGUCCGUGCAUUCAAGCCCACCUUGAGGACCGCAUCGUGGUUCGCGUAACCAACGAGCUUCCUCCUGUGGGUGUACUGGCGCAGAACGUCUCAAUCCACUGGCAUGGUAUGCACCUCAAAGACGCCCCCAUCUACGACGGAACGCCCCUUACCCAAUGUCCCGUCAAGGCUGGACAGAAGAUGACCUACAACUUUACUGCCGACGUCGCCGGCACUCACAUGUGG